UCUUAUAGCUACACUUGUAAUUCUCCUGUUCAGUCUCAAUCUUUGUUGUUUAAUGGAAGUGAAAACUCACGCUCUUUCUGCUUUUGAUUUCAACUCUCAGCCUCCGUACAACUCCUAUAUAGAACAAUCGGAGCUCCGUGCUACCGAUAUUUUGAGCUCCGACAUGUCCGCUUCUUCCAAUGACGGGGAAUAUUGCGAGCGGUCUGUUUCAAAUGCUGCCAUGAAAGUGCAGAAGGUUUACAGGAGUUACCGCACGCGGCGCAUGUUAGCGGACUCUGCCGUCGUUGCUGAAGUACUCUGGUGGCAAGCCAUAGAUUAUGCUCGAUUGAAUCACAGUACAAUUUCUUUCUUCAAUUUCUUGAAACCAGAAACGGCAUCUUCCCGGUGGAAUCGCAUAAGCUUAAAUGCUUCCAAGGUUGGUAAGGGUCUGUCAAAAGAUGCCAAAGCUCAGAAAUUGGCAUUUCAACACUGGAUUGAAGCAAUUGACCCACGCCAUCGUUAUGGGCAUAACUUGCAUAUUUAUUAUGAAGAAUGGUGUAAAACUGACUCUGGUCAGCCCUUCUUCUUUUGGUUGGAUCUUGGAGAUGGCAAAAAGGUUGAUCUCAAAGAAUGUCCGAGAUCUAAGCUUCAGAAGCAAAGUAUCAAGUACCUUGGACCUCAAGAAAGAGAACAUUAUGAAUAUAUCGUUGUUGAAGGGAGAAUUGUGCAUGCAAAAACUGGAAAUCUUCUUGAUACUACUAAAGGGUUGCCAGGGGCAAAGUGGAUUUUUGUGAUGGCCACGUCAAAAAGACUCUAUGCUGGUGAAAAAAAGAAAGGAAUGUUUCAUCAUUCCAGCUUUCUUGCUGGUGGGGCUACUUCAGCGGCUGGAAGACUAGUGGUAGAGGAUGGAAGAGUUAUGUCUAUUUCAGCAUAUAGUGGACAUUAUCGGCCAACGGAAGAUAGACUUGAUAGCUUUUUAUCAUUUCUCAAUGAAAAUGGGGUCAACCUGGAUGAAGUCGAGAUAGGGAAGGCAAAUGAAGCCUAUGAAAGCUAUGAUGAUGGGAUGUCUAUUGAAAGUGGCUCAGCAUAUGAAUGUUCAGCUCUAUCAGAUUCUGCUUCUCAAGUUGAUUUUCCAAAGGAAGAGGAAGAAAGCCUUCCCUUGGAAUCAGCUGGAAAUCUGGUAGCUCAAACGAGUAAGUAUAACCGAUCGCUCUCAGGUGGUCUUCAGAUCCCAAUAGCAGAUAUGCCAAAGACUGCAAUACUGCGAAGGAUGCAUUCCGAGAAGUCCACGAAGUCGUAUCACCUGGGGCAUCAACUUUCCGUGUCGUGGUCAACAGGUGCUGGACCAAGAAUUGGCUGUGUUGCUGACUUCCCUGCUGAGCUAAGAUGGCAGGCCUUGGAACUGACUAACCUCUCACCUAGACCUUGUUCUGUAUGAUCAACUCCCAGGGCAAUUCGUAUGUACUCNCUCUUGUUUAACUUGCAGCUUAUCCCUCUUCACUUCUUGGAAAUAACAUCAUAACUCUUCUCGAACCUAGCUUCCUGCUAAAAGUAUUCCGUAGCCGUGUGUAGCGAGUGCAAAGGCCUUGUUCUUCUGCUUAUUCUAUCAGCUGCUAUUUCUAGUGCACUUCUGCUCAUCCUCCCUCCAACUUCCACCUUGCUUUUAAAAUCUCUCUUGGGUCGAUGUUGCCUCAGAAGUCAAGUGAUCUGAUUAUCUCACCUAACGAGACGUCUGAUGCUUUCAAAAUCGUGGUUAGUUGAAUGAUAAGAUAUCUGCAUAUAGAAUCUGCAUUGUUGGCUCUUUGAACCAGCUGAUGGAUCGGGCGCACACUUUAUCCUGGCAAAUAAACUGGUGUUUAAAACUUUUUCUUCAAACCAAUGACUUUUCUUUCUUCGCAUUGGCGUCAGGGACAAUGGAUGUGAAAAUAACACAGAAUACGUCACUUGAGAAUAGCCUCACACUGCAGGAUCACGCCAAUAUAGAGUCCAGGGUCUUCUCUUAUUUGGCUAGAGAAAUGUUACAUUAUCUUACAUAACCAGUGAUUGUUAGGGAUAUAGUAGAUAUGCCCUAGAUCCAAUAUCAUAUUUGAUGAUUUGAACAUAUUUUUGUGAACA